UGCUGUGAGAAAGAAGAGUCAGUGCUGGGAGGAGCUGCCUGUGUGAAACACCAAGGAGAACCGGACCUUUGCCUCGAAGCUGCCUCAAAGCCGGGCUGUGAAUCUUGUGCUGUGGCACUGGGAGAGGUGAACUCGGAAGAUUGGCAGGAUAAAAUUCAGCAGCUCCGGAGGCUGGUCAUGGAAAUCAAAGAGGAGAGACCAUCAGAUGAAGCACGACAGUUUUUCCCUUCAUCCCAGUUAGACAGUCUAGGAGAGCCCCAGUUUACCAGUAUUCAGAGAAUUGCAAAUGAGCCAAAGCUGGAGUUCAGUCUUGCAUGCAAGGAUCUAGUGGCUGCUACCCGUGAUCGAAAGCUGAGCACGUUUAUCCAGGUCUCAGUGGUGCAUCCAGCAGAGCACAUUUCGACGCGGUAUUCGAGCACUGAAAUCGUGGAGGGUACAAAAGAUCCUCUGUUUCUGACUGGUGUGACCUUCCCACCGGAAUACCCCAUCUAUGAGGAAACUAAAAUAAAACUCACAGUCUACGAUGUCAAAGAUAAAUCCCAAGACCCGGUCCGCACCAGUGUCCUACCUGAUCACAAGGAACCAAGAGCAGAUGUUGGGCGAAGCUUCCUGGGCUGUGCAACUUUUAGAGUGGGUGAUCUGGUAAAGUCAAAGGAGCAGCAGUUGACCCUCACCCUCAGGACAUCUGAUGGUGGAAAGACAGUUGGUACCAUUGAAGUCAAUCUUAUGAAGAUGGGAGAGCUGGAUGAGGGGGAAACAGACCACAUCACAGCAGAUGCUCAGGAUCAAAAGUGUGCAUUGGUUCGUGAGUGUACAGCCACUGAGGGUAUAAGUGGGAAGGACAACCUGCCUUCCUUAAAUGCAGUGUUGAGAAACCCCGUUUGUAAGUUGUAUAGAUUCCCUACUUCUGACAACAAGUGGAUGCGGAUCCGGGAGCAGAUGGCGGAGACUACCCUCUCCUUCCAUGUUCCUAAAGAACUAAUAAAUCUGCACAUAAAGGAGGACAUGAGAAGCAGGUCCCACAAAAUGGUGUUGGGAGAGAUACAGGAGAAACUUCCUCUGCAAGAGGAAAAACCAAACAGAAAGGCCAAAGUACUAAGCUUGUUUGUGCAGGAAAUUCAGAUGAUCUCUAUUUCACUCAGGAAUCAGGAGCUUAAAGACCUGGGAGAGCUUGCUCCUCACUGGGACAACAUGCGCAAAAGUGUAAUUGCUCACUGUGAUCAGAUGCUGAGCCUGUAUCAGGACACUCUGGCAGAGCUUGGGAAGCAUACAGGUUCUUCCUUUAAAUCAAGCUGUAGCAAAGGAGAAAAAACACUAGAAUUCAUCCCAAUAAAUCUUCAUCUGCAAAGAAUGCAUGUGCAUAGUCCUCGAUUGAAAGAUGCUCUGUAUGAUAUUAUCACUGUGGGAGCCCCAGCAGCACAUUUCCAAGGAUUUAAGAAUGGUGGUCUCCGGAAACUGCUGAGUAAAUUUGAGGCUGAAAGACGAAAUACUGGAUACCAGUGUAUUUACUAUUCACCUGAAAACACAGCCAAGGCAAAAGAAGUUCUCAGCAACAUCAGUCACCUGCAGCCUCUCAUAUCAAGCCAUGCAGACCUGCUGCUCAGUUCUGCGAGCCAGCGUUCUCCAGACAGCUUGAAGAACUCUUUAAAGAUGCUUUCAGAAAAAACGGAGUUAUUUGUGCACACGUUCAAGGACCAGCUGGUGAGAAGUGCCCUUUUAGCACUGUACACGGCCCGGCCUGGCUGUGUGCUCAAGAAACCAGCUGUGCCCAGGAACAGUGCAGAGGAAGGGGCUGAUGCGCAGCACCAGGAUCAUCCUGCUCACAUCAAAAGGCAGGACUCCAUACCCCAUCAUUCUGAGUAUGAUGAGGAGGAGUGGGACAGGGUGUGGGCCAACGUGGCAAAGAGUUUGAACUGCCUUAUUGCCAUGGUGGACAGGCUGCUUGAAAAGGACAACAUCAGCAACAUCAAAGAGGGUGAAAAUGAGCCUUCAGCAGAAGAUUGCAAGGUGUUGCAUACAGGCGGUGACUGGUACGAGCAGCUGUACCCGCUGGUGGUCACACUGAAGGACUGCAUGGCAGAGGUGGUGACCAGGGCCAAGCAGUCCAUGGCCUUUGUCCUGCUCCAGGAACUUGCCUGUGGCUUGCCCCAGUGCCUGAUGCUGACCCUGAGGAGAGACAUCGUCUUUAGCCAAGCACUCGCUGGAUUGGUCUGUGGUUUUGUAAUCAAAUUGCACACAGGUUUACAUGAUCAAGGAUUUUUACAACAGCUUCACACUGUUGGAUUGCUGGUGCAGUAUGAAGGACUCCUUAGUACAUACAGUGAAGAAGCAGGGAUGCUCGAAGACAUGGCUGUGGGCAUUUCAGAUUUGCAGAAAGUAAUGUUUAGAGUAAUUGAAGCCAAGUCAGAAGAUUUUUUGCCUAUUAUAAGUGGAAGACGUGAACAUUACAUUAUAGAGGUCCAGCUCCCAGCAAAGAUGUUUGAGCUGCUGCCACAAGAGAUUAAAGAGGGAAAGCUGCUUCGCAUGUAUCCAGUGCUCUUUAAUGUUGGAAUCAAUGAGCAGCAAACACUGGCAGAGAGGUUUGGAGAUACCACUUUGCAGGAAAACAUUAACCAGGAAAACUUAGAACUUCUCAAAGAAUAUUACAAGUUAUUUACAGAAAAAAUGCCUCCUGAUUGUUUACCACAUUUUCAAGAACAAAAUGAUUUAAAGGGAUUGCUAGAAAGUCUUCAUCAAAAUAUCCAGGCCAAAAAGAGAAAGAAUGUAGAAAUCAUGUGGCUGGCUGCAACGAUUUGCCGCAAGCUGAACGGAGUGCGCUUCACCUGCUGCAAGAGUGCCAAAGACAGGACAUCCAUGUCAGUGACACUGGAGCAGUGCUCCAUCCUGAGGGACGAGCACCAGCUGCACAAAGACUUCUUCAUCCGGGCGCUGGAUUGCAUGAGGAGAGAAGGAUGCCGCAUAGAGAAUGUUCUGAAGAAUGUCAAAUGCAGAAAGUAUGCAUUCAACAUGAUACAGCUGAUGGCUUUCCCAAAGUACUACAGACCUCCAGAGGGGACAUAUGGAAAAGCUGACACCUAAGUUUAACAAAAGUGUAAUCAGGAGCAUGUAUCAUGCUAAUUAGUGAAUAUAACAACUGCUGUUUAUGACAUAUGAAUUGGGAAUGUAUGACCUGUAGAGGUGUUAUUUUUAGCAGGUUUUAUCAUUUUACACUGAAAUUAAUCUGAUUAGUCAUUAUGAAAUAAAACCAUGGAAAAGCAAUGGACUGGAUAUUCUGAAAAUCAAAUAUAUUCAAUUUAUCUUUGUGAAAUUGAAGCUUAGUAUGACUCAUAAGCCAGUUGGAAUUAAUUUCUGGGGUCAUUUGAUUGAAGAUUAAAUAGGGAAAUGGCAUUUGCUGUAGGAACAGAGAUUAGUAAUCUGGAAGGUGGCAUUCUGACUCCAAACCAAACCCUGAGAUUUGAUUUAAGGGGUAUCUUACUGCUGGAAAAGGUGUUUUCUGUAACCAGCAGAGCACUGAGGUCUUGAUCACUAAGGAUUAAACCCUUCACAGAAAUGUUUAUGAAAGAUGCUAAUGAUAAUACCUGGGCUAAAUAUAAUUUUGGUAAUUACAAUUGGCUUCUUUACAUAAGCAUGGUAACUUCAUAAUGUGUUUUUAGCAAUUGCAGACUGUAAUUUCAGUAAUUCCAUUUGGAUUCCCUGCGGUUCAUUUGGAUGUAUCACUCUUGGUUUUCUGUACCCCAGCCAAAUACCACUUAUUUCACUUUCACAUAGAUCACACUGAAAUCAGGGUGAUUAAUUCCACAAGUAAUGUGACUUGAAUUUCACCUCCUCUUUAGUGUAAACCCUUAAAAGCAAAUUUUCUUUAGUGCUAGGGAAAAUAAGUUGUAUAUACAGGAGUUAAUGUAUCUUUAGACUCUGAAAACUUGUAUGUUAUUAGAAAGCCUAAAAUAAAUGUUAUGAGUAAACUGCUGUACUAGGACUAGUUAGCCACAGCAGCUGAUUUAUAUCAAAUUUGUAAUGCUGCAGGUAGACACUCUAGGAUGAAGAGCUAUCAGCUUUAAAAAUGAAUGUUAAUGUUCUGCCAGCUGGUGUUAAUCCUGAAAUUUGUCUUGCAAAGAACAUUUGUGUUUUCUAAUUGUGUCUAUUUACUUCUAUUUACCUUCUUCUGCCUCCCAGAGAGGAAUACAAUUUAAAAUUCCCAAGUAUUCACUGGUUACUGACCUUUAUGCAAUGCCUUUUUUUAUAUCUAGAGCAGAAGUAUGAGAAAUGUAGCCUAAUGAAACUACCCUGGGAAUUUGAGCAUCUGUAGGAAAGUGUAAUUGCCAUGGAUAAAGAAGUAAAUGUUUGCUUACUCCUAUGGAAGUCAAAGAAAUCUCUAUACACCGUGACUUUUAAUUUGUUCUUUUUAAUCCAUUAAUAUUCAUUACUGGGUAUAAAUCUGUAACUAUAACAGAAUUUAAGAGCCUGAUUCUGCAAAUUCUAUUUGGGUGAUCCAUGGAACUGAUCUAUCAUUUGCCUAAAAUUAAAUCCAUCUUGUGUAUUUGCAAGAUCAGGCUUUGGAGUUUGUAGGAAAACAUCAGAAAGAGAUUCUUGUUCUAAUACUCAUUGACUUCAGUGG